AUGGUCUACCGCCAGAUGUGCGUCAAGUCGUCAGCUCCCGUAGUGGAGCGUCCCCCCAGCUGUCAGGACAUCCGCUGCGAUGAUCUGCAGACCUGCGUGCUGCGGCAGAUCGCCUGCGUGCGCGCGCCCUGCUACCCAGUGCCGGUGUGCAUCCAGAACCAGUGUGCCCUCAUGUUCUGCCGCGCUGGAACAACCUGUGUGACAACCGUGGUACCCGGCUCCAACCCGACCUGCUCCGACUUCCCUCGCUGCCGCUACUCUUUCAGCUGCCAGCCACGGGCCAAGCCCAAGCCCGGCUUCUGUCCGCCGCCGGAGCAGGUGUCCCAGGCCAACGUCAACCUCUGCCAGUACGACAACGACUGCGCAUCCAACCUGCUCUGCUGUCCGGGCGCGUCCAGAGGGGGACGUAACUGCACCGCCCCCGCCUUCCCCGAUCCGUGUGCUGGCUUCAAGUGCCCUCCUGCUCCAAACAUCGUGGCGGGGUCUGGAGGUGGUGCGCUCUUCGCGACAAUGCAGAUCGCGCCCUUCAACUACGUGCGGCGCAGCAAGAACUUUGACCCGUCCAAGUGGCCGCUGGCCAACAACGAACCAGACCACCCGCAGUCGGACUGCUCAGCUCCCUGCCGCAGAUCCGUGACCACCACGUACAAGGACUCGCCGCGCACGGACGCCGAGAACCGGGCCAUCUGCGAGCUGGCGCUGCGCGGCCUCCAGCUGCUCUCCGAGUGGACGUCGGUGGUGACGGAGCUCUACUCGUGGAAGCUGCUGCACCCGACCGACCACCACCAGAACAAGGAGUGUCCCACCGAGGCCGAGGAGUACGGAGCGGGUCAGUGGCGGGCCACGCGCUACAACUACAACCCGACGACGAGAAGUUCCGCGCUGAUCGAGGUCAUCGCCAUGAUCAAGGGCCUCCAGGUGCUGAUGGCCAAGAUGGAGACGGCCUUCAGCGACGGUAUCCGGCGUAACAUCUACGCCGAGCUGCAGGACUUCAUCCAGCUGACGCUUGCGCGAGCCGCUGCGCAAGGUCCAUCAAGAACAAGAAGGAACCUGGUCCGGAGCAUCAUCACGUCCAUCCGGGAGACGUGUGCCGACUGGCAGCACGGCGUCCAGCCGCAGGACGACCCCAUGCUGCGCGGGAAGAAGGACCCCGACAGCGGCUUCAGCAUCAAGGUGCCGCGCCGGCGCGUCGGCCCGUCCUCGACGCAGCUGUACAUGGUGCGCACCAUGCUGGAGUCGCUGAUCGCCGACAAGUCUGGCGGCAAGCGCACGCUGCGCAAGGACAUCGACGGCCCGUACCUGCUGCAGAUCGACCAGUUCCACAAGACGUCCUUCUUCUGGCCGUACCUGCUGAACAUCAGCGAGUUCCUGCAGCAGUGCUGCGACCUCUCGCAGCUGUGGUACCGCGAGUUCUACCUCGAGAUGACCAUGGGCAAGCGCAUCCAGCAUUGCACGGCGCCGCACGAGCACAACGAUGAGUGUACCAACCUGGUGGUGAUGGAGAAGCGCAUUCAGUUCCCCAUCGAGAUGUCGAUGCCGUGGAUCCUGACCGACCACAUCCUGCGCAACAAGGAGCCCUCCAUGAUGGAGUGCGUGCUCUACCCGCUGGACUUGUACAACGACGCUGGCUACUACGCGCUCACCAAGUUCCGCAAGCAGUUCCUCUACGACGAGGUCGAAGCCGAGGUCAACCUCUGCUUCGACCAGUUCGUCUACAAGCUGAGCGAGCAGAUCUUCGCGUACUACAAGAACCUGGCUGGCAGCAUCAUGCUGGACAAGCGCUUCCGGAUCGACUGCGCCAUGCUGGGCACGCGGCUGCCGUACCCGCCGGCCAACCGGUACGAGACGCUGAUGAAGCAGCGGCACGUGCUGCUGCUGGGCCGCUCGAUCGACCUCAACAAGCUCAUCUCGCAGCGCAUCAACGCCAACAUGCAGAAGUCGCUCGACCUGGCGCUGACGCGCUUCGAGGCGAGCGACCUGACCGGCAUCGUGGAGCUGGACGGCCUGCUGCGGGUCAAUCACCUGGCGCACAAGCUGCUGAGCGCCAGCCUGGCCCUCGACGACUACGACGCCAUGCUGCGCGAGGCCAACCACAACGUGCUGGCGCCCUACGGCCGCAUCACACUGCACGUGUUCUGGGAGCUCAACUACGACUUCCUGCCCAACUACUGCUACAACGCCGCCACCAACCGGUUUGUGCGCGCCACGGGCCUGGUGUUCUCGGCCGGGGUGAACCGGGAGAAGCCGCCGCAGGCGCCACACUUCAUGCUCUGGGGCAGCCGGGCGCUCAACACCUCCUACAGCAGCAUCUACGGCCAGUACUCGGGCUUCGUGGGCGCGCCGCACUUCAGGGCGGUCUGCCGGCUGCUCGGCUACCAGGGCAUCGCCGUGGUGAUGGAGGAGCUGCUCAAGAUCAUCAAGUCGCUCAUCCAGGGCAACAUCCUGCAGUUCACGCGCACGCUGAUGCACGUGAUGCCGCAGCGCUGUCACCUGCCCAUGCACGACUACGGCUCGGCCGGCGUGCUGGAGUACUACAAUGCCACGCUGAACGACAUCAUCCAGUACCCGGACGCCCGCACCGAGCUCUUCCACAACUUCCGCGAGUUCGGCAACGCGCUGCUCUUCUGCCUGCUGAUGGAGCAGGCGCUCAGCCAGGAGGAGGUGUGCGAUCUGCUGCACGCGGCGCCGUUCCAGUUCAUCCUACCGCGCGUCUUCUGCCGUGAGAACGAGAAGCAAGAGCUGAAGCAGAAGCGGCUGCAGGAGAAGUACGCCGCCCUGCAGGUGGUGCACAACAUCGGCCAGAUGGGCACGCCCAGCCAAGCCAACAUCGCCGAGGAGGGCGACCUGCUGACGCGCGAGCGGCUCUGCUGCGGCCUCUCCGUGUUCGAAGUGAUCCUGAGCCGGGUGCGCGGCUUCCUGGACGACCCCAUCUGGGUGGGCCCGCCGCCCAAGAACGGCGUCAUGAACAUCGAGGAGUGCACCGAGUUCCACCGGUUGUGGUCGGCGUUGCAGUUCGUCUACAGCAUCCCGGUCGGAGAGAACGAGUUCACCGUCGAGCAGAUGUUCGGCGAGGGCAUGCACUGGGCCGGCUGCGCCAUGAUCGUGCUGCUCGGCCAGCAGCGGCGCUUCGAGGCGCUCGACUUCUGCUACCACCUGCUGCGCGUGCAGCGCGUCGACGGCAAGGACGGCGUCAUCACUGGCAUCCCGCUCAAGAAGAUGGUGGACCGCAUCCGGCGCUUCCAGGUGCUCAACUCGCAGAUCUUCGCCGUGCUCAACAAGUACCUGAAAAGCUCGUACAGCGACCAGGACAACCUGCCGGUGGAGCACGUCAAGUGCUUCCAGCCACCGAUCCACCUGGCCAACCAGGGCCACUACCAGCGGCCCGACCAGCUGCGGCCAGUGCGCAAGUCGUGA